UAGGUUUGACCGCUGCUCAUUGGCCUCCGCUUCCCCUCUCUCUCUCUCUCUCUCUCUCUUUCUCUCUCAAAAAUCUUUUUCACUUCUUGGCCUCUGUCGUCUGUUUCUUCGUCUUGUCUGGGCUUUUUCCUUCACCAAAUCAAGACCACAGCUUUGAAAUCCCACCAUUUGUGGCUCUCUCUAUCUCGUCGGGAGGAUUCCAUGUGCUAUGCUGCUAUUUUCCAGAAAGAUAGAAGGCUGCGUAACAUUUUCAAAUAUUUAUACAAUAAGAUGGGGUGUUUCACGGUUUUGAAGUGUAAGAAGAAAAAGUCUGAGCAGACUGUUUACAUCACACGUGCUAAACCUAAGGAUCAUUCACCUGCUGUGCUUCCAGAACCCCCAAUUCAAACCCGGUCACUACAGUCUGCACCCCCAAGUUUUAGGACUAGAGUGAAACCCAUUCCACCAGUUAACAAAGUCAUCAACAAUAGAACGCGGGCAUUAUCUGCUCCAUCAUCUCUUGAUGCUGCGGAGCAAGAUGCUCUUACAUCAGUUGAAUAUGACGAGCAGGAAGAGUUGAGGUACCAAAAUGGAUCAAUAAAGGAACUACGAUGCCCAAGUCCACAACCUCUUCCUUUGCCAUCCCCUCAGAAUUCUGCAGCAUUGAAGGCUACAGGAAGCUUGAAGUCAGGAACUUCCAGCGGGCCUCUCUAUGCUUCUGGACCACUGCCUUUGCCUCGUACUGGGACACUUCGGAACUUUUCAUAUGAUGAGGUUGCUGCUGCUUGCUACAAUUUCUCUUCAGAUCGAUGUGUUUCGGAAGGUCUUUCUUCCGUUAUAUAUAAGGGUUCGUUUGGAGAAGAUGCUUCUAGUUCAAAGAAGUUUGAAGCAACUGUUACUCGCCUUCACCCAUCCACUCAGGGUUUGAAAGAAUUUAUAAAUGAGGUAAGCACAAUUGCAUCCUUGCAUCAUCCAAACCUCUGUAAAUUGCUUGGAUACCAUGCACGUGAAGUCUCAGAACCUAGAAUGUUAAUAUAUGAGAGGCUCUUUCAUGGAAGCUUAGACCGACUUCUGUAUGGGAGAUCAGAUGGGCCUCCCAUUGACUGGAAUACAAGAAUGAAAAUUGCUUUAUGUGCUGCACAAGGUCUUACUUUCUUGCACGAGGAAGGACCUUUUCAGGCAAUGUACAACGAAUUUUCAACUGCCAACAUUCAAAUUGACAAAGAUUUUAGUGCAAAGCUUUCAGGAUAUGGCUGUGUUGGCCACAUUCCUGAGUUAGAGAUCUCUAAUAAUUCAGUAGCAGUGGCAAACCUUUCUGUGGAGACGCUGGAGAAAGGAAUGCUCACUCCAAAAAGCAACGUUUGGAGCUUUGGAAUUGUUCUUCUAGAGCUACUUACUGGCCGUAAGAAUCUUGAUAGCCGUCAUCCGAAGGAAGAGAGGAAUUUAGUUAAAUGGAGCUGGCCUUUCCUGGCUGAUGAUGGUCGACUAUCUCUGAUCAUGGAUCCCCAUUUAAAACGCCGCUUCCCAUCCAAAGCAGCCAGGACAGUUGCUGACAUUGCACAAAAAUGUCUUCAGAAGGACCCCUCAGAAAGACCCACGAUGAGAACCAUUGUUGAGCAUCUCAAAAUGAUACAAGACAUGAAGUAUUCCUGUCGUUUUCCUCUGCAAGAACCAGCGAGCAUUGCUGGAAAACAGAUGUCUAGGUCACCAAGUCUAAAUGGAAUCAUUACCCCAGCUCCAAGGUUAAGUUUCUCGCCAUCACCACCAUCAAGAGCCCAACCAUCUGUUUCUCCUACUAGGCGAGCUGCCCUGCCUUUGUCACUUCCUCCUCGUGCUUGUUCCUCGACCCUCUCUUUGGUGGAGCUUGAGCGGCAGGAAAGCAGGAAAGCAUCAUCAUCAUCAUCAACUCUUCGUAGAGGUAGCGUCGAAGGGUUUUGAUUGUAUAUAGUGGCAUUUUUUUUCUUAAAUUUUUUGGUGCUUUUUCAUGAUUUAACAUAAUAUAUAGAAGAUAAACAUACUGCUGUUGUUUCCACGUUUCCAUCCCUGGAGGUGAUGAAAGAGAGGAUAUGCUCUUUUGUAGAUAGCGCAAGCCCACUCUCACUGGGUUCGAUCAAUUAUAUAUUAUAGGAAAUUGAAUGUUCCUUUUACCA